AUGAUGAAGGACUGGGACAACGAUGACGCCAACCUCCUGAAGUGGCGCCAAGAAACGGCCGAGACCGGCUUCGAGAAGACCCCAGCUGGAUCCAUGCAGAUUAAGGAGCAGGAGUACUUCGACAACGCCAUCCUUAUGGUCGCCAUGAUCAAGGCCGGUGUGGAGCUCGCGUUUGAGGAGAUGGUGAAGGUGGGUAUGAAGCCGGAGAGCGCCUACUACGAGUCCCUCCAUGAGACGCCGCUCAUCGCCAACACCAUUGCCAGAAAGCCGCUUGGAGUACCAAGGGUUUAG